AUGGCUCGUAUCGAUUUGUCCGAGUUGACUAUCGCCAAAGUGCACACGGCAUUCCGCCGCGGAGACUACAGUGCCGUGGAUCUGGUCCAAGCUUAUUUGAGACGCAUCGACCAGGUGAACCCGCGGCUCAAUGCCAUCCUGGCCAUCAACCCGAAUGCGGUCCAAGAAGCUCAAGCCCUGGACGAUGCCUUCCGAGCUUCCCGCACAUUACGCCCACUCCAUGGGGUGCCAGUGCUGGUGAAGGACAAUAUCUUCACCACCGCGAUGCCGACUACUUAUGGUUCCAAGGUCGCCGCGUCGCGCCCAGUAUUACCCCUCGACGAUGCCCAGGUGAUCAAACAGCUGCAAGGCGCCGGGGCCAUCAUUCUGGCGAAGACCACUCUGCCGGAUUGGGCGACCGACUUCUUCAGCGCCUCGACUGUCUCGACGUGGACCCAGAACCCCUAUGACUUGGCUCGAGACCCGGGCGGUUCCAGCAGCGGCACCGCCGCGGGGAUCGCAGCCAACCUGGCUUUGGUCGGCGUGGGUACGGACACGGGGGGCUCCAUCCGGCUGCCCUCCUCGUUCUGUAGCUUGGUCGGCAUGCGGCCCACCGUCGGCCUGACCAGCCUGGAUGGCGUGUCCCCCUUUGUGGGCUGCCAAGAUACCGUAGGACCGAUGUGUCGCACCGUCACCGACGCCGCGCGCUUACUCGACACGCUCGUCCUGCCCACCAGCCCGCAAUCCCUGGCUCCCAGCGGAGGCUCCUACGCGGCGCAUCUCCUGCCAGACAGCCUCCCGGGUCCCGUUUGUCUGGGCCAUCUGCCACAGCUGGGUGCGGAGGAGGCGGCCGUGGAGGCACUCUUCACUCAGGUCCUCACCCGUCUGCGCGGACAUGCUUCGGUCACCGUCCGGGACCUCGAUAUUCCGAGUCUCUCCUCCACGCUCGCAGCAGCCUCUAUCAUGCUCAGCCGUGGCCAACAUGAUCUCGACGACUUCUUGCGGACCACGGUGGGGACCAGUCUGAAGACGAUCUAUCGGGAUCACGCCUACCCGCCCACCAACUUCGGAAUACCGGGGGUAGCAACGCAUGCUUCGACCCUGACGGACCGCUCCACGGCCUCCAACGCCCGCGAUGCCCUCGACCGCAUAAUAACAGCCCAUCUGGGCCAGGCGGGGGUCGAAGUACUCGUGUUUUUGACCGCAGGACGGGCAGCUCCGCGCCAGGAGGAUAUCACCCCGGAGAUGGGAGUGACCUUCCCCGUGCAUGCCAUGCUGGCCAGCACGCUGCAGUGGCCAGCCAUCUCAGUGCCAAUCGGGUUUACAGCGACCGGCCUGCCCGUGGGACUGGAGAUCCUCGGCAGGCCGCUCAGCGACCAACGCUUGUUAGAAGUGGCCUUUGUUAUCGAGCAGAUUGUUCAGGGACGCCGCCCCCCCACCGUAGAUUGA